CCCCCAUCUGGCGAUGUAUUGAGCAGGCAACAGGCAGUCAUGACAGCGGCAGAGAGGAAUGCCAUGUUAAGUGUCGACAUGUCAUCUCGUUCAUCAUUGUAUAUCCGUUCUCGGGGUUCGUCAUACUAUAAACUCACCGUACUCAUUGACACCAUCCCGAUCCCGUCGGUGAACUCUAACGUUGAUCAAGAUCACGCGUGUCCUAUCAGCUACAUGCUGUUACUUUACUCCAGUCAUAUGCUCCUGAUGGGAUGCAUUAAUGUGCUGGAUAUAUGAGAGGGGCCAGCUAACAAGGAGGAUGAGCCCUGGAAGCGCUGGAUAGCCCAAUUGGUGACAAUUCAUGAUAUAACCUCAGACUCACAGUUGCAAAACACUGUAAGAGCCCUGGGCGUACCCUUUGGUAUAAGUCCAAGUACCAUAAGUAGGCUGGACAUUAAAUGAC